AUUGACUGGUAGGUUAGAAACUCACUCACUUCAUUCUGAAAUCCUCUGACCUUCCUCUUAUUCUCUCUCUUCAUGAGUACCCCGAUUCAUCCGUUGUUCUGCGGAACAUGGAAGGACCCUCUUCUACUACAACUUCUUCACCAGGAUCCUCCCGAAUCAACAUUCACUCUUCACCAGACGCUGCUGAAAUUUCCCACAAUGUUCUUCGCUCCGACAUCGAAUCUCUUCGUCAUGUUUAUGGGAGCCUUCAAUUAAAGCAUGCGGAAGCCGAGGAAAACCUAGCUAUGCUCCAGCACCAGAUGGAUGAGUGCGCUGAUCAUAACGCGCGUUUAAGCCGAGAAGUGGCGCAAACUACCAGGGAAAGAGACUCGUUUCGGGAUCAAGUUCGUUGUCUUGAAACAAAUUUGAGAGAAAAAGAGGAGGAGUAUUCGCAGAAGAUUGAUGUGGAAAUGGGAGAGAAAGAAGGGCUCAAGAAAGAAAUGGAAGAUUUCAGAGAGCGAGUUCAAAAAUUGGAGCUUGAGAGGGAAGGCAUAAAUUCAUCGAUGAUAGAGAGUUUAGAAUCUCUCAGUUCUACAAGGGAUUGCUUAUCUAGAGUGUUAGAAGGUUUAGAGGAAGAAAAUGAUGAAACUUCUGUUAAAGAAAGCGAGGGUAUUGAUGUAAAAUCUGGACUAGGAGAGGAGUCAAGGGCGUUGUUGGAAGAGGUGAGAAUGGUGUCAAGGCUUGCAACUGAGGUGGAAAUAAGGAUUGAUAAGUAUAAAGAAUCGAAAAAGAAGGAGAAAAGAGAACUGGAGAAUAGUCUGGUCAGUUUGACAGAGGAGAAUAGGGAUGUCAAUAAGUUGCUAAGGAUUGCCAUCUUGGAGAAAGAGUCAUUGGAGAAGAAGUUGAAGGGAAGGGUGCCCUUAUUGCCAUUUGGAUUGCAGAAAGUUGGUUUUGGAUUCAUGAUGGGGGCUAAUACUAAUGAGCCAGCUACAGAGAGUACUGGGGCUAACACAGUGACUAAGAGUACUGGGGUUAACACAGGAACUAAGUCCGACAGUAGUGAGUGUGAAGAGGAGAUUGUUAGUCUGGCAUCAACAGUUGAAAGGAUAAUGAAGAAUCUACGUCUCGAAAUCACUCAAUUGAGGAAAUCUUUGGAGGAGUCUAGGUCAGACACAGAGCGACUCCAGUGUCUCACAGAGAAACAAGCCAAAGAAAUUGCAGAAAACAAACUCUACAUUAAGGAGUUAGAAGAUAGAGAGAGGGUUUUGGCCCAAAAUGUAGAGGAGCUUUCGACAGAAAUUAAGGAAACUGAGGAAGAAGUUGCUAGAUGGAAGAAUGCAUGUGAGUUGGAAGUUGAAGCUGGAAAAAAAGAGAUUGAAGAGCGUGACAAAGUGGUAAAGGUGGAUGCCUUGAAACAAGAACUACAGAGAACAAAGACUGCCUUGGACAUAGCAAAUGGAAAAUUAAGACUAAAAGAAGAACUUGCAAGCGCUGCAAUGACUGCACAGGCAGCAGCAGAGAGGUCGUUGCAGCUAGCUGACAACAGAGCCAUCGAACUCCGGCAGCGUACAGAGGAACUAACCAGACACAUAGAAGAACAAGAGAAAAGGGAGCGAAGUAGCCGUAAGGCGAGACGCAUAUGUUGGCCAUGUCAAUUCUUCAAGUUCAUCAUUGGUUCUAAUACUUCAAGCACCAGAGUUGAGACUGUAAAAAGGAUGCUGCCAGAAAUGCAUGCCUUACUGAAUUGACAUACAAUUCCUGAACAAAGAGUUGAUGGAUCUGUAAUAACUCACCCAUUGUUUCUUGUAGAUGUUUUUCUCACUUGUGUUGCUAUUGUUGCUGAUGUUUGCAGAAUCAUUAUGGCCAUAAUCUGCAAGCUUUUUCUGUUAGUUUAUAUUUAGGAAUAAGUUUGAUGAAUAAAAAAUAGAUGUUUUGAAGGAA